ACAUUAAAACACUUCAGGUUUUUCGUACUGUUUUUAAAACCGGUGCCCAAACAGGUCAAUUCUCAUUUUCCAAAAAGUUGCAGUAUUGGAUUCAAGCGUGGGUUGAAGUCGUGAAGAAAUUCCCAAGCAUCAGUUGCGAGGAACUCACAAACAUAAACCAGUAUAAAAUCAACAAAGAGUGCUUGAUUAUUCGGCGAUUGAGUGUGGAUGGCAUCAAUGGCGGAGCCUCUGCUUCAUGAGGAGCACUUUGACGUUCUCACCAAAACUGGUCAAAGGACUGGCCUUUCCAAGCCCAGGGGAGAUGUUCAUAGAGACGGUGAUUACCAUGCUGCUGUUCAUGUGUGGAUUUUUUCUGAGAGUACACAAGAACUGCUUCUUCAACGACGUGCUGACUGCAAGGAUUCAUGGCCAGGGUUGUGGGAUAUCUCCAGCGCUGGCCAUAUAUCUGCCGGUGAUUCAUCCCUUAUAACUGCAAGGAGGGAGCUUCAUGAAGAGCUUGGUGUAAUCCUUCCAAAAGAUGCCUUUGAAUUUUUAUUCGUUUUCCUUCAAGAAUGUGUCAUAAAUGAUGGAAAAUUCAUUAAUAAUGAAUUCAAUGAUGUGUAUUUGGUAACAACUCUUGCUCCUAUACCUCUGGAAGCCUUUACUCUACAGGAAUCAGAAGUUUCUGCUGUUAAAUACAUUUCUUGUGAGGAAUAUAAGAGGUUACUUGCUAAAGAAGAUCCAGAGUAUGUUCCCUAUGAUGUAAAUGGGAAAUAUGGUCAGCUCUUUGAUAUAAUUGCACAAAGGUACAAAGAGAACAUGGAGGAACGCAGUCUAACUCUGCAGAAACAACUUCGUCGUUAUGUUCCUAUUUCUCUUGAGGCAGAGAUGACUGGGGUCACUGAUGCAGACAAGAAAGCUCUGGUUUUACUUGUUCAAGCUGCGACAAUUAUUGAUGACAUCUUUAAUCUGCAGGUUUGGUACAGCAACCCAAUUUUAAAAGAUUGGUUGAAGGAACAUGCUGAUACAUCUCAUUUGGACAAGUUAAAAUGGAUGUACUAUUUGAUCAAUAAGAGUCCAUGGUCCUGCCUUGAUGAAAAUAAGGCAUUUUUAACAACUGCAGAUUCAGCUGUUAAGUUGCUCCCUGAAGCCACAAAGUCUAUAACUGGAUGGAAGGGUCUUGAGUAUAGAGCUGCAUUUCCUUUGAUGAAACCACCUGGGGCAAAUUUCUAUCCACCGGAUAUGGACAAAAUGGAAUUUGAAUUAUGGAAGGGCAGUCUAGCGAAGGAUAAACAAGAAGAUGCAACGGGAUUUUUCAGUGUUAUUAGAAGGCACGGUGAAUUCAUGUUAGAUGCUUCUCUGUCCAAUAACACAGUUGAGGGUACUGAUGAUUUGGUGGGGUCCACUCAUGAUCUAUAUAGCAUUCCUUUCUCUCAGGAGUAUAAGCCUUUCCUCAAAAAAGCUGCCGAGCUACUACAUAAAGCAGGGGACUUGACCGACUCACCUAGUCUGAAGAGGUUGCUACACAGCAAGGCUGAUGCCUUCCUUUCAAAUGAAUAUAUUGACUCAGAUAUAGCCUGGAUGGAGUUGGACUCUAAGUUGGAUGUUACUAUUGGCCCAUAUGAGACAUAUGAAGAUACACUUUUUGGUUAUAAGGCUACAUUUGAAGCAUUCAUUGGAGUUCGUGAUGACCAUGCAACUGCUCAACUUAAACUCUUUGGUGAUAAUUUGCAGGUUUUGGAACAAAAUCUUCCAAUGGAUGAUGUGUACAAAUCAAAAGAAGUAAUUGCUGCUCCUAUUCGUGUCAUCCAACUUGUUUAUAAUGCAGGGGAUGUGAAGGGUCCCCAAACUGUUGCAUUCAAUUUACCAAAUGAUGAGCGUAUAGUAAAAGACCGAGGAACAUCAAUGGUCAUGCUUAAAAAUGUUUCGGAGGCAAAGUUCAAGAAUAUUCUUCGGCCUAUAGCUGAGGCAUGCAUUACAAAGGAGCAACAGAAAUAUGUUGAUUUUGAAUCUUUCUUCACUCACACAAUUUGUCAUGAAUGCUGCCAUGGGAUCGGGCCUCAUACCAUAAUACUCCCAAAUGGUCAAAAGUCUACAGUGAGAUUGGAGCUGCAAGAACUCCACUCAUCUCUGGAAGAGGCAAAAGCUGAUAUAGUUGGGCUUUGGGCACUAAGAUUUCUGAUCGGCCAGGAUUUGCUUUCAAAGAGUUUAUUGAAGUCCAUGUAUGUCUCUUUCCUAGCGGGAUGCUUCCGCUCAGUGCGUUUUGGGUUGGAGGAGGCUCAUGGAAAAGGGCAAGCACUACAGUUUAACUGGGUAUUUGAGAAAGGAGGCUUCAUUUUGCAUCCUGAUGAAACAUUUUCUGUUGAUUUUGCUAAGAUUGAAGGUGCAGUUGAGAGCCUGAGUAGAGAGAUACUUACCAUACAAGCAAAAGGCGACAAACCUGCUGCAUAUGCGCUUCUUGAAAAAUAUGCUAAAAUGACGCAACCAUUGCGAGUUGCAUUGGAAAAAUUAGAAAAUAUUCAGGUCCCUGUGGAUAUAGCUCCUAGGUUUCCCAUUGCAGACAAAAUAUUGGGAAAAAUUGGGUGAAGUUCUUGAAUCCUGUGAAGAAAUAGCUUCUUUACAUUGGUAUUAAUCAGUCCAUGAGUUGGGCAGUAAACAACUGUAUGCCAUAAUUUGUUGUUUGAACCAGGAAUUCCUGUUUGAAUUUGAAUGGUUGAAGGGCAAACCCUCAGCUCUUCCUUUGGACCUAUGGAUGUUGGCAAUGAAAUACAGCCAUAGUUUAUCAA